AUGGCUCCAGCUACAUCGCUUUCCAACCUCAGACGAGUCGAGCACACCCCAAAGCCUGAUGUCCAACUCGUCCAAUCGAUCGAAAACAAGCUACGUGCACGCGUGUUUGCUGCUCGUAUACGUGUUUCGCCAUUAUUCGCAGACUUUGACAAACUGAGAUCUGGGUUUGUCACCGUCUCGCAAUUUCGACGUGCUUUGGGUGCAAUCAUGGAUCGUGGCGUCGUAAGCCCCUUGAUGGAAAGCGAGUACACUGCUCUAGCUCGUUUCUAUGAUGCGAAGGGUGAUGGGACUGUCAAGUGGACUACUUUUGUUGAUAGCAUUGAUAGAGUGUUUGGUGCUAAACGUCUGGAUCAAACACCUACGCAGGCAAUCCCACCAAUCGACGAAGUCGUUGGACCUGUUCGACCUCCUCUAUCCCCUCAUUCUGAGAGUGUCUUGCACGAGAUUAUUGAACGAAUCCGUUCAUACUGCAAGCACCAUGGAUGUGACGUAAAGUCCUUCUUCAAAGACUUUGACAAGCACCACAACGGCUACGUAACUUACAAUCAAAUGCUACGUGGAAUCCCACCAAAUCUCCUCUCAAUGGAAGAAGAAGACCUCCUUAUCUCGCAAUACAGCGACGAAGUACUAGAAGAAUGCAACUAUUUCAAACUCGUGAAUGAUGUAAACCGCAAGACUCGUCGUCCAAGACCAGAUCACGCAACCCUUGUUGCCAGACUAGUAGAUAAUUCCGAACACAUCCCUGUCGGAACUGAAGAGAUCUUCACCGAAAAACACGAUCAGGGCAAAAUCACGACGGAUGAAGUCGAAUCUCAAAUCAAGAAGUGCGUUUAUCAGGAACGCAUUCGGUUGAUUGAUUUCUUUAGAGAUUUUGACCGAUUGAAUUCGGGGACUGUGACGGAAGCUCAGUUUAGAGCUGGAUUAAGACAGAGUGAAAUUCCGCUGGAACAGCAGGAUAUUUCCCCUCUUUUGGGAAGAUAUGGCGAUAGUGAGGGUCGAGUGUGGUAUCGAAAGUUCUGCUCAUCGAUUGAAACAGUAUUCACCAACCCUGAUAUCGAAAGCAACCCAUUGUUGAAUGUAACACCACCAUCUAGAGACUUCUUACUGAAGGGCUGCAACGAACUCCAACCCGAAGAGGAAGCCCGUUUCCAAGUCAUCAUCACCCGUUUCCGUGCUCUCGUCCAUGAGAUGAACAUGAAUCUCAUCCCCUUCUUCAAAGACUUUGACAAGUCUUUGGGAUCUGUCGGUCGAGUCACUCGAUCCCACUUUUCACGACUCUUGUCCACCAUGAGAAUGGAUGUUUCCGACGAAGAUUUGCACAUUCUCUUGAAAAAGUAUGAGGAUCGUGGACGCAACAAGGUUAAUUAUAUGGAGUUUGUUAAGAAUGUUGAUCCUGAUGCUUACAAGCACCCAAAAGCUCGCCAAAUGAAGAGCGGACCAUCAUACACCUCAUUCGUAAAACCUGAAGUCACAGCUGACCAACCAACUUCAGCAUUCAAGACCUUGUUUGAUCGCGUUCUUCAACAAGUCGCACUCAAACGAAUCCGAAUCAGUGACUUGUUUAGUGACUUUGAUAAAUUACGAUCGGGCUCCAUUCCACGAGACGAAUUCAUUCGAGGAGUGAAUUCUUUGGCAUUGGACUUCACCAUGGAUGAAUACGAGUCUAUUGCUGAUCACUAUGUCGAUGAUACACGAGUUCGUAGUUGUCGCUGGAAGAAAUUUGAAGAGGAUGUUGAUUUAGAAUUUGGAGAUAGAGAUUUAGAAUCUCGACCAACAGCCCCUCCCAAACACACCACAGUUUCAACCAAUUCUGGCAUCACAAAGGCCAACCUGACAGACGAUGAAGAAAAGAUGCUUCACAAGAUCUUGGAACAAAUGGGAUCUCACUUGCAAUUAAGAGGUGGUUUGUCUCUACGAACAUUCAGAGAUUUCGAUAAGCUAUGCACAGGCUUCGUAUCCCACACACAAUUCCGUCAAGUGCUAUCUGGACUAAAGAUCAACUUGACCGAAGACGAGUACAAUGUGCUAUGCAAGAAAUGGAUGGGAGAGGCUGAUAACAAGGAACGAGUUUGGUAUGUUGGGUUUGCCAACGAGCUAUUAAAGAACGAAAGGGCAUAA